AUGUCUAACGAUUCCUGCAGUUAUAUUCAUCAAAUAUCUACCGAGAAAGAUACAUGGAAGUUGAAGGUGCGAGUAUUACGAUUGUGGAAGCAAGCGUAUCAGAAUGACAGGAUUUUCAUGGACGAAAAGGGUGAUAAGAUUCAGGCCACCGUAAAGAAGGUGUUGAUGUGUGUGUUUGAAAACCAGCUUGAGGAGGGUAGUGUGGUGUUUCUCCGCAAGUUUGGUGUUGGUGAGAUGAAUGACAAGUUUCCUGUAAUCAAGCAUUCCGAUAAGCUCAUAUUCUACCGUCAUACCAAUGUCAAACGUUGUGAGAAUUUCGACGGACCUUUAUAUGGUUUUCAGUUUGUUGACCUACAUGAGAUUAUAAAUCGUGAGGUUGAAGUUGAAUCAACAAUGGAUGUGAUCGGUUAUGUUGUAUCUACUACCGAUAUGGAAGUUUUUAAUCGUUCUGGAAAGGAAAGCAAGAGGAUAAGUUUUGAGAUUGUUAACUUUACUGGAGACACCAUUGGUUGCACUUUAUGGGAUAAUUUUGCACAACAGUUUUCCACUUUUAUUCAGGGUUAUUCAUGUGAUGCCGUUGUCAUUGUUCUAAUUCAAUUUGCUAAAGUUAAGAAUUGGAGAGGCAGCCCAAAUAUUCAAAAUGCAUUUUUUGGUAGUCGUUUGUUUAUCAAUGAUGAUAUUGAGGAAAUUACAAGUUUCAGGAAUAGGCUCAUUGAAGGUGGCCAAGUUGAAGGAUCUUCACAGAUUACACCAGCUUCGUUGUCCAGUCAAACUUUUUACUCUUCUCGUGAAGAAUUCCUGAAGAAGUACGAGAGAAAGUCUGUCGAAGAGAUUUGGGACGUCGCUGUUGAAUCUGUCUUUGUUGUUCUUGGUACUAUAAGGUCCGUUGAGGAAGAUUUUGGAUGGUUUUAUGUUGGGUGUUCCAAGUGUAGCAAGAAGGUGAUUCCUGCUUCUGAUCAUGCUGGUGGCCUUGAUGAUAUAGAUGCAGAUGACGCUGCAUCUGAUGAUGGUGUACUUUACUGUCCUAAGUGUAAAAUCCGUUCUCCAACAACUAUCCUUAGAUACAAGAUACGUGUGAGGGUUCAAGAUGCAACUGGCACUAUAUCUUUUGUUAUGUUUGACAAGGAUGUUUCCAAAGUUAUAGGGAGGUCUGCUCGUGAUAUACAUGAUCAACAACUUAGGGAUGGAGAGGAAAAUGUCCGCCCAAGGGAAGUUAAACAGUUGGUUGGCAAGUUAUGCAUUUUCAAAAUUGAAAUUUCAACUUUCAAUCUGACGUCCAACUAUCAUGUUUACACUGUAUUGAAGCUGUGUGAUGACAAUGAAAUAAUAAAAGUCAUGUUGCAAGAUGAUGCCGCCGAGCAGGAUGUGGAAGAUGUCAAUUCUGAACCCGCAUCUGGAUCCUUUACGUGUUUGAAGGAGGCCUUUUCUUUUACCGAAGACUCGGAAGUACCAACUUAUGCUGCCAAUGAUGAUGCCACAAGUCCUCAACCUGCUAAACGUUCAAGUGAUGUUUCAAAAGAUGAAAAUGGAGACUCUUCUUCAACAAAACGAAGGCUUCUGAAUGUCAAAGUCGAGAAGUGA